AUGAAACCCUCUACUCUCUUAAUGGGCCUCUGCGCCACGCAAGCUCUUGCCAUGCCUGGAAUGGAGUCUGCCAUGGCUGAGAUUCAGGCUCGAGACGACUUCUUUCUCGAAGCUCGCUCCACGGAUCUUCUCGGUGAUCUGAUCGGUGGUGUUCUGACUGCUGUUGGAAACAUCAUCAAGGCUAUCUUGCAGGGGUCCAGUGCCGUCGGCGAUGGCGCUACCUACACGGCUCCUGGUUCUCUUGGAUCGGAUGCCUGCAAGAAUGAUGCCCUUUGUGCCUGGUCCUAUAUCGUCAAGGACAUGAGCACUGCCUUCGUCGGGGCGGUUGGUUGCACCGAUGCUGCUCGCGGGGCCAUCCGUCAGGGUUUCCAUGACGCCUCGACCUGGGAUAAGAACUCGCCCUAUGGAGGUGCUGAUGGCUCGCUUCUCCUCUCCGACGAGCUCACCCGACCUGAGAACCGCGGACUCGGCGCCAUCGGCGACCAGACCAAGGCCUGGUAUAACACGUACAACCAAUACGGACUCAGCAUGGCGGACAUUAUUCAAACCGCCGCCAAGGUCGCCGUCGUCUCCUGUCCAGGCGGUCCCCGCAUCCGCGCCUUCGCAGGCCGCCGGGACGACAGCCGUGCCGGCCCCACCGACAUGCUGCCUUCGCCGUUCCAAGACGCCCAGUCCCUAAUCGACCUGUUCGUAGCCAAGACUUUCUCCGCCGCCGACCUGAUUGCGCUGCUCGGCGCACACUCAACGUCCAAGCAGAACUUCGUCGACCCCUCGCGUGCCGGUACGCCCCAGGACAGUGACCCGGGCGUUUGGGACACUCGGUUCUACUCCGAGACGCUGACCAGCGAUAAUACGACCAUCCUCGUCUUCCCCAGUGACAGGAAUCUCGCCACGUUCUCCCAGACCAGAGCCCAAUGGAACAGCUUCGCCGGUGCCGGGGGCCAGAUCAGGUGGGCUCCUGCUUUCGCUUCGGCUUAUUUCCGCAUGAGCAUGUUGGGCGUCGACAACAUGAACCAGCUCACCGAGAUCACGCGUGUCAUCCCGCUGCCGCGAUAA